CUCAUCUGUUGCUCCCAGACACCUCAUAUUCUUGCCUUUCUUUCAGAGGAGAUCAUCGGGGGCCAUGAGGUCAAGCCCCACUCCCGCCCCUACAUGGCAUUUAUUGCAUUUGUGGAUGUUGAUGGCAGAAGUCACAGCUGCGGAGGCUUCCUGGUAAAAGACAACUUCGUGCUGACAGCUGCUCACUGCAGGGGAAGCUCAAUGAAAGUCACUCUAGGAGCCCACAACAUCAGCAUCCGAGAGGAGACCCAGCAGAUCAUCCCUGUGGCUAAAGCCAUCCCACAUCCAUACUACAAUCUCAAGGACUACUCCAGUGACAUCAUGCUCUUAAAGCUGGAGAGGAAAGCAAACAGGACUAAAGCUGUGAGGCCUCUCAGGCUGCCCAGGAGGAAUGUCUAUGUGAAGCCAGGGGACGUUUGCUAUGUGGCUGGUUGGGGACAGUUGGCUCCGAAGGGAAAACUCCCAAAUACAUUGCAAGUGGUAGAGCUGACCAUCCAGAAGGACCAGGAGUGUGAGUCCCGCUUUUCACGUCGUUACAACAAAGCCACUGCAAUCUGUGUGGGGGACCCAAAGAUCAAGCGAGCUACCUUUAACGGGGAUUCUGGAGGGCCUCUCGUGUGUAAAAACAGAGCAGCAGGCAUUGUGUCCUUGGCCUAUUCUGAUGGCUCAGCACCAGGAACCUUCACCAGAGUGUCAAGUUUCCUAUCCUGGAUACAGAAAAUGAUAAAACAUUGCUAACUUGAGAACAAACCAGACCCAUCGCUGACUCACCAUCUUCCCUACAGCUGAGUCCAGGAGUGUCCUAGGAAAAGAAACCAGCAAAUCAAUAAACCCAACUUUGCAGAAUUAAAA